AUGAGCACAUCCAUUGAAGAUGCACAUAACAGCGUAGAGCUUGUAUCAUUUAGCUUAAGGAGUGUAGUCGAAGCAACAGGUUCAUUUUCAGUGGAAAAGAAGCUUGGAGAGGGUGGUUUUGGUUCUGUUUACAAGGGUUCUUUGCCUGAAAACAUAGAAGUGGCAGUUAAAAGGUUAUCAGCAAGAUCAUCACAAGGACGCGAGGAGUUUAUGAAUGAGCUGAGGAUUAUUGCAAAACUUCAGCAUAAGAAUCUUGUUAGGCUAUUGGGAUGUUGUGUGGAAGAAGAUGAAAAGAUUCUCCUGUAUGAGUAUAUGCCUAAUCGAAGCCUAGACAAGUUCCUAUUUGAUCCAUCCGAGAGUUUGAAUCUUGAUUGGAGCAAUAGAUUCAAUAUAAUUGAAGGGAUAGCUCAAGGACUCCUUUAUCUGCACAAGUAUUCUAGACUGAGAGUUAUCCAUAGGGAUUUAAAAGCAAGCAAUGUUCUUCUGGAUCAAAUGAUGACUCCUAAAAUUUCAGAUUUUGGAUUGGCAAGGAUUUUUGGAAUGAACCAAACUCAAGACAAAACCAACAGAGUUGUUGGUACCUAUGGAUAUAUGGCACCUGAAUAUGCACUUCACGGGUGGUUUUCUGAGAGAUCCGAUGUAUUUAGUUUCGGGGUCUUACUACUGGAGAUUGUGACUGGUAAAAGGAGUACUUCUAAUUACAUCGAAGGCUUUCUUACAAUAUUGGAAUGGGCAUGGAAAAGGUGGAUGUAAGGCAGAGGUUUGGAGUUGAUUGAUCCUUUAAUCAGGGGCACCUGUUGCAAUGCUGAUCAACAGGUAGUAAAGUGCAUAAAUGUUGGACUUCUAUGUAUUCAAGAAAUAAUGAGUGACAGACCAACAAUGUCAGAAGUGGUUGUCAUGUUAAUAAAUGAAACCGCAACUGUUCCUUCGCCUAAAAAGCCUGCUUUUAUAUUACAUAGAAGUGCCCAUGCGUCAAGUAGAUUCUCCAACAACGAAGUUACAGUAACCAAUAUAGAGCCUCGAUAAAGGGGGUAUUUUAAAAGCACGAUGUAAAUUUUCAUUUUGCACCCUAGGCUGAGUUUUCUACUCUGACAUCUGUCUACUUCUCUUGUCUUUUCAGUUAAGCACCCUUUUAUUCUUUAAUAUAUUUUCAUACAAAUUACUUAUUCUAUAUAUAACUAGCAGAGAAGAUAAGCCGGUGUGAACAUAGACUUGAAGAU